UCACCACCAACACCAUUACAGAUAGAGUGAUCAGAGUAAACUAUUUAGAGCGAUCUCCGCAGGGGUUACAUUAUCUUCGAAAACCAGGAAAGAGGCUGUCAUGGCUUAUUCAGCAAUGAAACUGGCCGUAGCAGUGAUGGUCCUGCUGAUCGCAGCGGCAAGAAGCGCCAACCUGGACGUUGUCAGCGGGCCGACUUGCAACAGCGACAUAGCUACCGACAAGAAAACUGCCGGGUACAUAGGUGCGGCGCUGACAGAACUGGCCGGCAUCACGUCCGUGAAGGGAGGUGGUCAUAACAAGACGCGCAACAUCCCCGACGACAAGUCAGGGUCGAUCUCCGGCAGCGCCAGCUGCAAAGACGGCCGCAAUUUCAUCGACUGCAUCACUUGUCUGGGGAAGGCGGAGGGGAAGCUGCUCGACAACUGCAGGAAUCGGACCGAGGCUGCUGUUGAGCUCGGAGGUUGCCAGCUUCAGUAUGCCAAGAUCAAGUAGGCAAAGACGAACUCUUUUCGUUACUGAAGCUGCCGCCAUGUUUUAGCCUGUGUUCAGGCAAUUUUCGAGUCUUCUAACUGCUGAUCUUAAAUGGCUGUUUUUGCCUGUCUUUAAGCUUUCCUUUUGAUAUUGUUAA